CAUACAUCCAGCAUAUACUUUUCAAGAAUAUGGCCACUAGCACAUCUAAAUCCGACUACGUAACAACAUCUGACGGCGUCCGCCUCCGCUACUGGCAAGAUGGACCUCUCUCCGGCCCCAACGUAGUUUUCAUCGCGGGCUGGGUCCAGACGGCGGCCCAGUUUAAAAAGCAAGUCGAGCACUUCAAGACCAAGUACCGCAUCACCACAUACGACCACCGCGGCCACGGCGAGUCAGACAAGCCCACCUUCGGGUACCGCAUUUCACGACUCGCCGCGGACCUAGAGGCCCUGCUAACGCAACUCGACCUGCGCAACGCCACUCUCGUCGCACACUCGAUGGGCUCGUCCGUGACCUGGGCGCACUGGGACCUAUUCCCACACGACCGGAUCUCCAAGCUCGUCUUCAUCGACCAGUCGCCCUCCAUGACCGCCAACCCGGAAUGGACUCCCGCGCAGGUCGCCGAAGCAGCCGCCAUAUUCCAGCCGUCGCAGCGCUUCGACAUCGCGAACGCGCUGCGCGGCCCGCAGUGGAAAGAGACGUGGACCGCGCUGUCGCGCAGCUUCUACACGCCGGACGCGGACCCCAAGGAUAUCGAGUGGGCGCUGGCCCAGUCGAUGAAGGCGUCGCCGGAGAACGCGGCGGCGCUGAUGGCGGAUCAUGUCGCGAUUGAUUACCGGGAUAUUUUCUCCCGGAUCAAUGUGCCCACGCUGUCGUUUGCCGCGAGGGGGAGCUUGUUCCCCACGGCGGCGCUGGAGUGGAUUGCGAAGCAGACGGGGGGCCGGGUUGAGGUGUUUGAGAAGGAAGAGGGGGGAAGCCAUUUUCUAUUCUGGGAGAACCCGGAGAAGUUCAACCGGAUAUUGGAGGGGUUUUUGAGUAGCUGAAUGAAUAAUGAUAUAUGUUAGUUAUGGGUUGUGACUGAUUUGCUAGUGUGCUUGAUCUUUAGCAAUAGCAAUAUAGGAAUGUACCUAUUUAUAUUUCUACUCUAGGAAAUAUGAGCAUUUAGAAGAACAUAUAGGCAGAGUUAUGAGUUUAAAAGCAUGUAAAAUUCUCACCAUGGCGUGUGUAGGAGGUAGUCAUCUCAUACGUAAGGAAUAAACACAGC